AUGGCUAUGGCCUCGCCAUUCUCUUCAUUGCAACAUGCAAUUUCUGUUGCCAGAGAGAUAUGGUUUCACAAAAUGAAUGUGUGGUGUUGGUUGGAGGCUAUUUCAGGACGCUCUUGUUUCAAUAAAUACUUGGAAAUGGCUAACAAAUCUAUCAUGCAGGAACUUUAUAAAUGGGGAUCAAUGUACGAGAAGAAAUUUGGAUAUGUUUUUGUGACAUGUGCAUCUGGAAAAAGCUCUGAAGACAUACUUGCUGAAUUGAAGAUGUGCUUUACAAACAAGCAUGCAGUUGAGUUGGAUAUUGCAUUACAGGAGGAAAUGAAAUUUAUAGAAUUGCAAAUUACAGAGCUUCUUUCCAAAAAAUCUACCCAAAUUGUCAACGACGGAGAUGAGAUUGAUUCAACAAACAAUUUAGACGACAUCUCCUCUACUGGCAUUGACAUGUCCAUGCAGUUUGACCUGAAUAAAGUGUCGAAAGAAGACAAUAUAACUUUAGAUUACCAACAGGUAGAAGAUGACGUACAUGUUGCAAAAUAG